UUUUGGGUCGUUUUUUGGUAGUUCAGUUUUUGGGGUGAAUUCUGUUUCCAUCCACAUUAAAUUGUGUGAUCGUCAAUAUACCGAAGAAGAAGAAGUCUUAUUCUGAAGGAUUCCAAAAAUUCGUGACCCGGAAGUACUUAGUUAUUCUUGGCUGCGUCACAGCGGUAUGCGAUAAUAACACCUCUAUCGUUUGUUUGCGGAUGGCCGUAAUAUUAUAGAAGAAGAGCCACAAUAACAGCACAGCUCGCUUGCCUUUACAGCAAAGAAGACGGCGUAUGAUUUGAGGGGGAAAAUGGCCACCACAUCUUCUCUUCCAGAAGAGGACCUUACCUGUCCCGUAUGCCGAGACAUCUUCAGAGACCCAGUCAUCCUCUUGUGUAGCCACAGCUUCUGUAAGGACUGUAUACAUGGCUACUGGAGGGAGAGAGAAAUGAAGGAAUGUCCAGUCUGUAGGAAAAGAUCGAAACUCAGUGACGCACCCCUCAACCGGGCUUUGAAGAACCUGUGUGAGGCCUACUCGAAGGAGAAAGCAUCUGCAGGUGUGCUCUGCAGUCUGCAUGGGGAGAAAUACAAACUUUUCUGUCGGGACCAUGGACAGCCUGCAUGCCUGGUGUGCCAGACUUCUGAGUUACACACAAACCACAAGUUCUGCCCCAUGGACGAAGCUGCCAAAGAAUAUAAGGAGUCUGUGCUGAAGCUCCUACAGAACAAACUGGAGGUCCUUGAGGCAGACAGUCGAACUUGUGUCCAAACGGCAGAAACUAUCAAGAGCCAGGCCCUGUCCACAGAGAGGAAAAUUAGAGAACAGUUUGAGGAGCUUCACCAGUUUCUACGAAAUGAAACGGUAUUCAGGAUAGCUGCCCUGAAGCAGGACGAAGAUUACAAGAGUCAAAUGAUGAAGAGGAAGAUUGAGGAGAUGAACAGAGAGAUAUCGUCCCUUUCUGACACCAUCCGAACCCUAGAGGAGGAGCUAGGGGCUGACAACAUUUAUUUGCUACAGGACUAUGAGGUCAUCAAGAAAAGAGUUCAGUGCAUAUUGCCAGAUCCAGAGAGGGUUACUGGAGCGCUGAUCGAUGUGGCCAGACACCUGGGCAACCUGCAGUUCAGAGUCUGGGAGAACAUGCAGGAGAUUGUUGAGUACACUCCUGUGAUUCUGGACCCCAACACUGCUCACCCAGAUCUCAUCCUGUCUGGUGACCUGACCAGCUUCACAUGCAGACUCAGUGACGACCAACAGCAGCUUCCUGACAACCCAGAGAGGUUUAAACACCGCUAUGCUGUCCUGGGCUCAGAGGGCUUCAGCUCGGGGAUACACAGUUGGGACGUAGAGGUUGGGGAUAGCAAAGAGUGGGCGGUCGGGGUAGCCAUAGAGUCUUGCGAUAGGAAGGAGACGUCUCGGUGGCAUAUUAGUGGAGUCUGGUAUGUACUCUCAAGAGAAGGGAGUGACUAUAUUGACCAAGUGUCACCAAAUGCUUGUUACUGUCUUGAACCCUUUAAAGUGAAACCCCAGAGGAUCAGAGUGCAGCUGGACUGGGACAAAGAAACGGUGUCACUUUCUGAUCCGGUCAAUAACCAACGUAUUGGGUGUUUCUUCAAAAACCCUCAGAUAUUUUCCCUGAGUUUCACUGAGAGAAUUUUUCCCUUCCUCAGUGGGGACUAUGUCAGGGUUAUGCCAGUGAAGGCCUCUGUAACAGUAUAGUACAGUUAGAGCUGAUAAUUGCACAAGUUGUUUUGUUUCAAAACAAAACUACAGGCUUUAAAGGCAAUUUCACACAAACGAUUGCUGUGGGGAAAAUUGUUGACCAAUUUCAAAUGCAUAAAUUGAAAUUAAUCAGUUUAUUGUUAACUUUAAUGUCUAUUAAUAUCAGUAACCCUUGUUUGAUGAUAGACAUGAGAACUGCAGGUUUUUGUUUUAUUUGUUGUUUUUCAGGGUGUUUGUGCCUGCUGCUGAAUCUCAUUCAACAUCGACUUAAUGGGACAGAUUUGAAAUGUAUCUUGUUUUCUAAUUUGAAUGCCAGGUGUACUGAACGCAUCUAUCCUUUUUGGCCUAUUGAAUCGUUUUGGCUUGGGAAAUGUUACUGUUGUUCAGUUCAUCUUCUUGUUAAGUAUCCACUAACCACAUAUGUUAUAGCAAUCUGUCAGUCAAUCAUUAGUUGAUGCAACGGUCUGAGCAGGGGAACACCACCUUUGACUCAGACUGUCUGUGACUGAGCUCUUCCUCCCACUCACCCCCUCUCACUUCCGGAUUUCAUCCUUCUGGUUUUUAUUUACAUUUGCUGUUUCAUUGUUUAGCUUUUUAAGAGCUUUGAGAUUUAUUCUCUAUCAGUAACGGUCUUCCUGUCUGUGAAGUCUGCUAACGGUCUUCCUGUCUGUGAAGUCUGCUAACGGUCUUCCUGUCUGUGAAGUCUGCUAACGGUCUUCCUGUCUGUGAAGUCUGCUAACGGUCUUCCUGUCUGUGAAGUCUGCUAACGGUCUUCCUGUCUGUGAAGUCUGCUAACGGUCUUCCUGUCUGUGAAGUCUGCUAACGGUCUUCCUGUCUGUGAAGUCUGCUAACGGUCUUCCUGUCUGUGAAGUCUGCUAACGGUCUUCCUGUCUGUGAAGUCUGCUAACGGUCUUCCUGUCUGUGAAGUCUGCUACGGCAUUCUAGUGUAAUGUAAGUCAAGUCAUUGCUGCGGUGUUUUAAACCAUGGUCAUGUUUUACAGCCUUUGUCAUGUAUUAAGACAGUUUUCAUUUUAUACGUUACAUUACAUUUAUAUCUGUGGUCGUCUCUGAUUUUACAUUUCAGUCAUUUAGCAGACGCUCUUACCCAGAGCGACUUACAGGAGUGAAUGCAUACAUUUUCUAACCUUUUUUUUGUGCUGGUCCUCUGGGACAGCAACCCCCAUUCUGAAAUGACACCUCUUCAGAAAUGAUGUAGUCUAGGGAGCUAGGAUAUAUCCGUUAGCUAACCAUUUACAGUAACAUUUCAUUAAUAGGUCAAUAAACAUAUUUUUUGUGA